AUGGAUCCUUCUCUGUUGCUGGCCAUCCUUUGCUUGGGAAUGGCCUCAGCUGCUCCAGUAUUGGAUCCCAGUUUGGAUGCACAGUGGACAAAGUGGAAGACAGAAUACGGCAAAAGCUACCAUUCGGAUGAAGAGGGAUGGAGGAGAGCAAUAUGGGAGGAGAACUGGAAAAUGAUUGAAGUGCACAAUGAGGAAGAGCGCCAAGGGAAACAUACAUACACCCUGGAAAUGAACGCCUUUGGAGACAUGACUGAUGAAGAAUUGCAGCAGGGGGAAACUGAGUUUCAGCCUGUUAGGCUCAAUGAGGAGGAACAAAUAUAUCCAGAUCUUCUAUUUGGUGAUCUGCCUGCCUUUGUGGACUGGAGAGAGAAAGGCUAUGUGACCCAUGUGAAGGAUCAGGGUCAAUGUAAUUCGUGUUGGGCUUUUUGUGCAAAUGGUGCACUAGAAGGACAGAUGUUCAAGAAAACGGGCAAACUGGUCUCCCUCAGUGAGCAGAACCUAGUGGACUGUUCUCGUCCCCAAAACUUCGGCUGCAGUGGUGGCCUACCAAAUUUUGCUUAUCAAUAUGUUAAGAAUAAUGGAGGCCUGGACUCAGAGGAAUCCUACCCCUAUGAAGUAAAGGAUGGACCCUGCAGAUACAAACCUGAGAAUUCUUCUGCUAAUGUCACUGGAUACGUUAUGCUACCUCGCAGUGAGCAGGCCCUUAUGAGGGCUGUGGCCACGGUGGGUCCCAUCGCUACUGGGUUUCAUGGGUCCCAUUCAUCCUUCAAGUACUAUAAAGGAGGUAUUCAUUAUAAUCCAACCUGCCCCAAGACCCUGACUCAUUGCGUUGUGGUGGUUGGCUAUGGAUAUGAAGGAGAAGAGGAAACAGAAAACAACAAAUACUGGCUGAUCAAGAACAGCUAUGGAGCAGACUGGGGCAUAAACGGCUAUGCAAAGGUGGCCCGAGGCCGAAACAACCACUGUGGAAUUGCCUCCUUUUCCCUCUAUCCCACUGUGUGA